AUGGCGCAACUUGACACGCUCGACCUCGUGGUCCUGGCAGUACUGCUGCUCGGUACCAUUGCGUACUUCACGAAAGGCACGUACUGGGCCGUCGCCAAAGACCCCUACGGGAACUCGUUGGCCCAUGCCAACGGAGCCGCAAAGAAGGGAAAAUCGAGAAACAUCAUCGAGAAGCUAGAGGAGAGCGGGAAAAACUGCGUGGUCUUCUAUGGCUCGCAGACCGGUACAGCAGAGGACUACGCCUCCAGGCUGGCAAAAGAGGGUCAGUCCCGUUUCGGGCUGAAGACCAUGGUCGCCGACUUGGAAGAUUACGAUUACGAGAACCUUGACACUUUCCCGAGCGACAAGGUCGCCUUCUUCGUCCUGGCUACCUACGGCGAGGGAGAGCCCACAGAUAAUGCCGUGGACUUCUAUGAGUUCGUCCACGCUGAGGACCCUUCCUUCAGUGGCGAAGGUGAUGGCGAAAAGCCGCUUUCAAACUUCAAGUUUGUAGCCUUCGGUCUAGGCAACAACACGUACGAGCAUUACAACUCCAUGGUCCGGAACGUAAACAAGGCUUUUGAGGCCCUCGGCGCCACCAGGAUUGGAGCUGCCGGUGAAGGCGACGACGGUGCAGGCACAAUGGAAGAAGACUUUCUAGCGUGGAAAGAGCCUAUGUGGACGGCAUUGGCCGAGUCUAUGGGUCUGGAAGAGCGAGAGGCUGUCUAUGAGCCAGUGUUCGACGUAGUUGAGAGGCCCGAUCUGGACCCUGAAGAGGACCAGGUCUACCUUGGCGAACCGAACAAGAACCAUCUUGAGGGGACAUCUAAAGGUCCGUAUAACGCGAACAACCCGUACAUCGCGCCGAUUGCCGAAUCCCGCGAGAUCUUCACGGUUAAAGACCGAAAUUGCUUGCACAUGGAAAUUGACCUGAGCGGGUCCAACUUGAGCUACACCACCGGUGACCACGUCGCAGUCUGGCCGACUAAUGCGGGCAAGGAGGUCGACCGUUUCCUGACAAUCACUGGUCUCGCUCCGAAGCGUCACACGGUUAUCAGCGUCAAAGGCCUCGAUCCGACGGCAAAGGUUCCUUUCCCUUCACCCACCACUUAUGACGCCGCCGUCCGUUAUCACAUGGAGGUCUGUGCGCCUGUGUCCCGACAGUUCGUUUCUACCAUCGCACAAUUCUCGCCCAACGAUGAAAUUAAGGCAGAGAUGACCAGGAUUGGCAAUGAUAAGGAUUACUUCCACGAGAUUGUAAUUGAACGCAGUCUCAAUAUUGCGCAGCUUCUGGAAAUCAUGUCCAACGGUGAGCCAUGGUCCAAGGUUCCGUUUUCGCUGUUCAUCGAGGGCAUCCAUAAGAUCCAACCACGAUACUACUCCAUCUCGUCAUCUUCUUUGGUCCAGAAGGACAAGGUCUCGGUCACGGCAGUGGUGGAAUCGACCCACAAGCCGAACGCCCCUCAUAUCGUCAAGGGCGUCACUACCAAUUACCUUUUGGCUCUCAAGCAGAAGCAGUACGGCGAUCCAGACCCAGAUCCACAUGGCCUGAAUUACGCUCUGAAUGGCCCCCGUAACAAGUACGACGGCAUCCACGUCCCAGUGCAUAUCCGUCACUCAAACUUUAAGCUCCCCUCGGAUCCUUCGAAGCCGGUCAUCAUGGUGGGCCCCGGUACUGGCGUCGCACCAUUCCGAGGCUUCGUGCAGGAGCGAGCAGCACAAGCGCGAGCCGGUGAGAAGGUUGGAAAGACGGUCCUGUUCUUCGGCUGCCGGAGAAGGACCGAAGACUUCCUGUACGAGAAGGAGUGGGAGCAAUGGAAGCAAGAUCUUGGCGACAGCUUCGAGCUCCAUACCGCGUUCUCACGUGAGGGGCCAAACAAGGUCUACGUGCAGCACAAGUUACAAGAGAACGCGAAGGAGAUCAACGAGCUGCUACAGCAGAAGGCGUACUUCUACGUGUGCGGAGACGCAGCCAACAUGGCGCGCGAAGUCAACUCUCUUCUCGGUAAGAUCAUCGCAGAACAGAGGGGCCUGCCAGAGUCGAAGGGUGAGGACGUCGUGAAGGCUAUGAGGGCGGCGAAUCAGUACCAGGAGGACGUUUGGUCAUGA